AUUUUUUUCUCUCUGCACAGGACAGGCAGCAGGCAACAUAUGGUUUCAGAACUCGUGAUUCAUCUCAUUUCUUUUUGUGUUCAAUCAAGCUCCGGCGAUGCAUAAGCUCUAGGAAAUAACUAGACUAUAUAUAUAUAUAUUUUUUGUAUUGUAUUGUGUAUCGUAUUGUUUAUUUUAUGGAUCUACUGUCUUGCUGCUUCUGAUUUGUUCACAUUGGUUGUGUAUCCAUCGUGCAUGCGAACCAGCUCCACUGAAGUAGAAAUGUCGAGCUCGAGGAGAGCUUCGGAUCUGAGCAAGUUGCAUCUCAAGAGAGAGCUGACUCAAAUCAAGAAAGCUUCCCGAGUUCUUCGCGAUCCAGGCACCUCUUCCUCCUGGAGAUCUCCUCUCAACUCCUCCAGAUCCCUCGCUGUCGUGGAGCCUCCCGUGUGCAGAAAUGUAGGGAGCUCGAGUCAGAUUCGAGCAGAAGAGAGUAGUAGUAAUAAUCGAAACGGCAAGGAGAAGAAAGUGUUCUUAUACAACUGGAAGACUCAUAAAUCCUCCAGCGAGAAAAGCGGUUUAGCUAACCAACAAGACGAAUCUUCCUGGACACAACAAGCUAAUGACGAUGAUGAUGAUGUGAGUGAUGCAAGGAAGAGUGCUAAUUCGAUUAUUAAGACUAGGAAGAAGAGUAAGAAAAAGAACAUAGUCGCUAGAAGAAGAAAUGACUCUGCUGAACUAUCAGAGUAUCUAAGGCAUGUCACUAGUGCAUCAUCUCCUUUGCUUUUGAAGCUUAAUCGUAGAAAAGAGGAUUCUUCGUGUACUCAUAACAGCACACCAAGCUCGUUCAACAUGUAUGCUGUUCGUAAUCCAAGCACGGAUGGUACAACCACUUGUGACGGUGAUGAUGAUGAGUUGGGUGAUAAGAGGCAAGGCUGUGGGAUUUGGACCAAGAAGGCUAGAGGUGGAUGCAGAAGUUGUUGCUCUCCUUCCUUGUCUGAUACUUUAAGGAGUAGCAUUUUAUGUGGGAGUGGAUCGGUGUAUCGUAGACAUAGUAGACACAAGAUUGGUUCAAGAAGUGCUCAGGGAGUUCUACCUUUGCUCACUUAUGGUAGAGGAGGGUCUUCUAUAGGAACUGGACUUAGUGAUGAUGAUGAUGAUGAUGAGAUUUCUACUAAUUAUGGAGAGAUUGAUUUAGAGGCUCAGAGUAGAUUAGAUGGGAAGAGAUGGUCUACUAGUUGUAGGAGUCAAGAAGGAAGUAGUACACCGGAAAACAUCUCAAGCUUCAGCCAAAAGUACAGACCGAUGUUUUUCGAUGAACUGAUUGGUCAGAGUAUUGUUGUUCAGUCACUAAUGAACGCUGUAAAAAGGAAUAGGAUCGCUCCUGUUUAUCUUUUCCAAGGUCCUAGAGGAACUGGUAAGACAUCAACCGCUAGGAUAUUUUCAGCAGCUUUGAAUUGUGUAGCCACUGAAGAGAUGAAGCCUUGUGGAUACUGUGAAGAGUGCAAUGAGUUCAUGUCUGGGAAGAGUAAGGACUUUUGGGAAGUAGAUGGAGCUAAUAAGAAAGGAGCUGAUAAGGUUAUGUAUCUUUUGAGAAACCUACAGACAAUACUUCCAAGGAAGUCCUCAACGUACAAGGUCUUUGUGGUAGAUGAGUGUCAUUUGUUGCCAUCUAAAACGUGGCUGUCUUUUCUCAAGUUUCUUGAGAAUCCUUUGAAGAAAGUUGUCUUCAUAUUUCUGAUGACAGAUCUUGACAAUGUUCCUAGGACUAUUCAGUCAAGGUGUCAGAAGUUUCUCUUUGACAAAGUUAAAGAUGCUGACAUUGUUGUGAAACUGAAGAAAAUUGCUUCAGACGAGAAUAUUGAUGUGGAAUCUCACGCGUUGGAUCUGAUUGCUAUGAAUGCGGAUGGUUCACUUCGAGAUGCUGAAACUAUGUUGGAGCAGCUGAGUUUGUUGGGGAAACGUAUCACCACUGGUCUAGUAAACGAGCUAGUAGGUGUUGUAUCAGAUGAAAAAUUGCUGGAACUUUUGGAGUUAGCGUUGUCAUCUGAUACGGCAGAGACAGUGAAACGAGCUAGAGAGUUAUUGGACCUUGGAGCUGACCCAAUAGUCUUGAUGUCUCAACUUGCUAGUCUUAUAAUGGACAUCAUUGCUGGUACAUACAAGGUAGUAGACGAAAAAUACAGUGAAGCCUUCCUUGAUGGACGAAACUUGAGUGAAGCUGAUAUGGAGGGACUAAAACACGCUUUGAAACUUCUUUCUGAGGCAGAGAAGCAGCUUAGAGUUUCUAAUGACCGUUCAACCUGGUUCACAGCGACUUUGCUUCAGCUUGGGUCAAUGCCUUCUCCUGGAACCACACGUACAGGAUGCAGCAGUAGAAGACAAAGCUCUAGAGCCACUGAUGACGACCCAUCAAGCAUUUCAAGGGAAGUGAUUCCUUACAAACAGAGAACAGGAGGACUUCACUUUAGUAAGUCAGCAUCCCCAAAAAAGAGCGGAAAGCAGAUCCAUGAAGCCAAAUCUUUCUCCAGAGUUAUCGAUAAUACCUGCUAUAGAUCCUCCUCGUCUAGCCAAGUUCCAGAGAGUGAAGCCUCACAUGACAAUGAUACUGCAAGCACCAUGAUGCUUGCUCAAAGAAGUUCAGAGAAACUAAACGAUAUAUGGAGAAAAUGUAUAGAAAGAUGUCACUCCAAAACAUUGAGGCAGCUGCUCUAUACUCAUGGAAAACUUUUAUCUAUCAGUGAAGUUGAAGGUAUACUAGUUGCUUAUAUAGCGUUUGGAGAAACCGACAUCAAAACAAGAGCUGAAAGGUUUCUAAGCAGUAUCACAAACUCAAUGGAAAUGGUACUAAGGAGAAGCGUAGAGAUCAGGAUACUACUCUUGCCUGAAACCGAGUUACACAUCCUCCCUCACCAAACCGGGAAACCAGAUAUGUCCAACAAAGGUGGAGAUCUAAAUGCUGCAUCAGACCUUGGAGUUGGUAGCAGUGAAGAAGGCAGAUCAAAACUCCCAAUGCAAAGGAUAGAGUCUAUCAUCCGAGAGCAAAGACUAGAGACAGCAUGGUUACAAACCGCUGAUAAAGACACACCUGGAUCACUAAUACGGAUAAAACCUGAGAGGAAUCAGAUUCAUCCUCAAGAAGACACUUAUCGCCAACCUAACUUAGGCUCUGCUGUUUCUCCAUCUGGCUUAACUUCUCACCAUUGGGGAGAUGAAUUAAACAGUGAUGUUAAGCUUUUGAAGAUCGGUGAAAAUGGUGAGCUUCAAGAGAAUCUAACUGGUAGGAGAGGGGAGCAUUGUCCUCUUUCCCCGAGCUUACUUCAUGAUUCUAAGUUUGGACACAACAAAGACAAUCUAGGAGGAUACGAAUCAGGAACAGGGAGAGUUGGUUGUAAUAUGUUACUUUGUUGGAACACACACAAGACUCAAAGAAGAAGCAAGUCUAAACAGGGUAAGGGAACUCCUGUUCGUCUUAGGAGAAGUGGAAAGAGAGGAUUAUCUCUGUUUAAUGGAUGUGCUAAGCCAAGGAAAACAGCAGGUAACUUGAGGAGAUGAAACUUUAGUUUCAAAGUCAUGAAAACACAAUUGUUCACUCAAGUUCUAAUUUAUCAUGUUCUUCCACUUCCAUAUAGUUUUUCCUGAAUUCUAUUUGAUCAUUGAUAUGUCAAAGGAUAGCUAAUUCACUUUAAAGUUCCAAUCCUGUUGAGUUUAAUAGACUUGAUUUUUGUUUUCUUUUUAUGAAACUUCAGAAAUGUUACUAUGAAAUUUAAUAAAAUGUCAGAG